AUGGUCUUCUGGGUGCUUACGCUUCUCGUCUUCUGCGUUCUACUUUUCUCUCUCUACAAUCUGUCGCAAUGGUUUCACUAUAUCAACCGGAUUUCGUUCCUCUACAUCUGCAUUUUCCUACAUGCCAUCGAGUGUUGCAUCACACUAAUUCCUUCUCGGCUUUCCGGUAAUAUAUGUAUAUACCUAGUAUUCCACACGUUCAAAUAUUGGACAUUAUGGACCGGUGUGAACGUGGAGGUGCGCGGCUUUGACGAGCAUUUAGCACGGCUCGAGGGACCAGCGAUAAUCAGUGUUAUGGACGUGGUUGCGAUGACACGAGUCUGGCCAUCUCGUGGAACGGUAAUGAUGAAGAAAUCUUUCAAAUAUGUUCUAUUUUUUAACCUCUCUAGUAUACUAGCGAAUGCUGUCUUUGUCGAUCGUUUCAACCAUAGCAGAGCAAUGAAUGCAUUGAAUCGAUGUAGGCGUACAAAUCUCUUAAAGUUUCUUGUUUUACCGAUUAAUCGUCGAGAUGUCUGCCGUUUUAGGGUGGUUUUCCGGCCAUCCCGAUUGUUUUUUUCCAAUUAUCGACCAUUUUCCUCAAAAUCGGACAGAUAUUUCAAGUCAGAUGGCGAAGUCAUAGCGCAAGUGCUCAGACUUGUAAACACAAAGGAGGUGAGCAUUUAA